AUGGAUAGAGGAAUAGAUCGUGGGUUAUUUCGUAAUGAUGGAUCUUCUAUGGGAAGGUUCAAAAACCUUCAAGAGGAGGAGAAGGGUGAACUGUCUGGGAAAUCUAGGUCAAGCUCGGUGUUUAUUACUCCCGAUCGAAAGACUGUCACUAGUAAACCAACUGUAGAUAAUAAGGCUAGUGGCUCUAAGAUAACAAGUGGAAAGCUUGCAUUCAGCUUGAAGCAAAAGUCAAAACUUGCUGCUCCCACUGUCAAGUUUGGUGAAGAUGAGGAUGAAGAUGAAGGGGAUGCUCGAAAAGUAGCAGAUGAUGGGCCGACAAAGCGGCCAAAAUUGGCACAGUUCAAUAAUGAAUCCGAUCAAUCAUCCAGACCCGUUGAUGUUGGUGAGCAAAGUGGUCCUCCCGGUUCAGACCCUAUAGCCAUGAUGGAAUACUACAUGAAGAAGGCCGCACAAGAAGAGAAACGGAGGCCUCCAAAACACUCAAAGGAUGAGAUGCCCCCACCUGCUUCACUUCAUGCUCAUUCGAAGAAAGGGCACCACAUGGGCGAUUAUAUUCCUCCCGAAGAACUAGAAAAGUUCUUGGCCACCUGUAACGAUGUAUCUGCACAAAAGUUUGCAAAGGAAGCUGCCGAGAAAACAAAAAUCCAGGCUGAUAAUGUUGGCCACAAACUUCUAUCUAAAAUGGGUUGGAAAGAAGGGGAGGGCCUGGGGAGCUCGGGAAGUGGGAUUUCGGCUCCCAUUAUGGCAGGCGACGUGAAAAAGGAUCACUUGGGUGUGGGUGCGCAUGCACCAGGCGAGGUUACUCCCGAUGAUGACAUUUACGAGCAGUACAAAAAACGAAUGAUGCUCGGUUAUCGUCACCGGCCGAAUCCUUUGACAACGAGUGUAGAGUCUGGAUCUGCUGCAUGCUUGCCCACGAAAAGAGGAUCUGCACCUCCCUUUCUCGAGUGCCCUGUUAGAAAUCUAACGCUGUUGGCAAUCCCACGAUGUGUCAACGGGAUUCCUAGCUCGGCAGCUAUUCCAGAAGCUGCCGUUAUGCCUGUCACAAAUUGA